AUGCCCAAACUUGUAAUAAUUACAGGAACCUCGGGAUGUGGUAAAUCGACCUUGAUCAAACGAAUUCUCCACUACAAAAAUAUUUCACUCUCUGUUUCUCACACAACGCGUGAGAAGCGGCCUGGUGAAAACAACCACGUAGACUACCAUUUUAUCACAAAAGAAGAAUUCGUAAGAAUGAACAGUUUAAACGAAUUUUACGAGACGACCUUUUAUGACAAUCACUACUACGGUACAGCCAAAUCAGAGUUAAAUAAGAACGAGUACAUUGUUAUCGACUGUGAUAGAAUAGGUGCAGCGAAGUUUAAUGAGUUUGACAAUGUUAAGAUAUUCUGUUAUAACACUAAGGAUGUUUUAUACGAACGAUUGAUGAAGCGGUACGAUGACAAGGAAAAAGCCGAGAAGAGAUUGCAGAGUUAUGAAAUAGACAUGAAGACAUACAGAGAAGGAAGUUAUAGUUACAGUAUUUUCACCGAUGAGAUAGAAAGGAAUGUUCGGGAAUUAGAAGCAGUUAUCUUUGGUUGAGAUGAUCCAAAUUGGUUUAGAUUCGAUUUUAUGUGUGAAGAGCUAUCAUUUCUAUGAAUAUGAAUGAUACCGGUUUUGUUCAUUUACAAACAAUGAUUAAUUAAAACUGUGCUGUGAAUAGCUG